AUGAACUGCGUCGAUGGAAACUCUGGAGAGGGCGUCGGCUACAGGAUUCUUCCUUCCCGGCAGGUGUCGAAUAGAGCAGUUGAACUCGGCGAUGGCAGAGAGAUGACGGCACUGGCGGAGGGACUAUGUAUUGGCUUGUCUCGUGAAGGACAUCGUUACCUCUUCACCGUAGUGGACCGUUCAACUAGAUGGCCUGAAGCUAUUCCUAUUUUCAACGCCAGUUCCGCCUCCUGCGCCGCCGCUCUGCUCUCCGGGUGGAUUUCGAGAUUCGGCAUCCCUGUCCACAUAACGUCCGACCGGGGCACCUCUUUCACUUCGCAGCUCUGGACAUCCCUAGGGCAGCUAUUGGACACCUCCAUCCAUCACACCACGGCCUACAACCCGGAAGCUAAGGGCAUUGUAGAGCGUUUCCACAGAACCCUGAUGUCUCGAUGUAGCAACUCAAUGUGGUUUUCGCAACUUCCCUUCUCAGCCUUCGAAAGAUUCAAAAUGAAGGGCUCGACGUCUUCCCAGCAGAGAUGGUUUUCGGCGACCCCCUCGUUUUUCCUGGCGAAUUCUUCCCUAAUGCUCCAUCAGGUGACGACGUCGCCCGACUACGACGCAUCGUCGGGAAGUUCGCCCCCUGCAAACAGACCAACAGGCCACCCGAACACCGUUACGUCCCCAGAGAUCUACGCACGACGAAGUAUGUUUUCCUCCACACCGACGCCCACACGCCUCACCUCUCCCUACUCUGGCCCAUAUGAAGUCAUUGAGAGAAAGGAGAAGGCAUUGAGAGGAAGAGAAGGCAUUCCUGCUGCGGAUCAAAGGCGCCAACGAUUGGAUCUCGAUAGAUCGCCUAAAACCAGCGUACCUGCAGGACGACGACCCCCCUCCAAUGCGGUUCUCCAGGGCGGGCCGCCUCUUCUCACAUACCAUGGGGCAUCUUCGCUGAUGGGGGAGUAUUGUAAUCGCUUGGUCGCUAGCUUGUUCGACCCCGAGGCUUAUCCAUGGUUCUAUAGAAAUGUUGCCUGGCCCUAA